AUGAAGACAUCAACACUCUUUCUCGCAGCUGCGAGCACCCUGUUGUCGUUGGCUACAGGCAUACGCCUUCCGCCUGCGGAGCAAGGUUCAGAUCUGGCUUAUUAUGUAUCGCGCCCGGACCUUCGUCCCCCUCUGUUGAGAUUGAAUACAUAUGAAGCGGACGCAGUCACGCCCGGAUACUGGUUCCUGUCUCCCUUUUACAACCCUAUGGUUAGCAGAACGGAGGACGAAUACAUCCCAUAUCAGAAUGGUCCGCAUAUCUACGAUCAUCGAGGAGACCUGGUAUGGAGUGGCGGUCCGAUGUUCGAGUUUCGCAAGGUCCUUGACUUUCGAGCGGGUGAGGUCAACGGCUCUAAGGUCUUGACUGCAGUGGCCGGUAUUGCACGUCUCCCGCAAUCUAACUACUCCGUGGCACCAACCGGAUUUAUCAUCAACGAGAAAUAUCAGGUGGCCCAAGAGAUCGAUCUUUCCGGGACGUACGAUAUGCACGAAUUUAACAGUAUCGACAACAACCGAAUUAUUAUUGCCACUAUAUCCGAUGUACCUGUUGACCUUACCGACUUGGGCCUACCGAAUAGGAAAAUCAAGGUCAAAGCAGGAGGAUUCCGCGAGUGGGAUUUCACUGCCGGCAAGAACGUGUUUGAGUGGCAGUCUACUGAUCAUAUUUCCGUUGCCGACUCAAUGAUCGAAUUACCACCUGAGCAUUAUAGGUACUGGGAUGCUUUCCACCUCAAUUCUAUUACCAAGGAUGCCCGCGGCGACUAUCUCGUCUCACUUCGCCACACCAGUACCGUCUAUAAAAUCUCUGGGAACGAUGGCUCGAUUAUCUGGCGCCUGGGGGGGAAGUACAGUAACUUCCAGCAAAACUUUAAUUUUUCCGGCCAGCACCAUGCUCGAAUCCUAGCUGAGGAUGAUGCAGGAAUGACUAUCACAUUAUUCGACAACGCUGCUGACGACCGUGGACCUCCAGCGUACACCGCGGACGCCUCUUCGAUGCAAGUGAUCAAAGUUUAUGAUCGUGAGGAGCCACGCCGUGCGGAGCUUUUGGCCCAAUACGUCCGGCCUGACGGCCAGUUAACUGAUAAACGUGGCUCGGCUCAAAUUUUGGAGAGUGGGAAUGCUUUUAUCUGCUGGAGUAUGAAUGGGUAUAUUAGCGAGCACACUGCCGAUGGCCGCCUUGUUUUAGAGGCGAGGUUUCUGGGGGAUCGUUACGACACGUACCGCGGGUACCACUUUGCUGACUGGGUUGGACGACCUGCCGAACCACCGGCUUUGGUGUCGUACGCUCACCCUGGUGGCUCGCCAAAAACAGUUCCCUCAACCGUCCUGUAUGUGAGUUGGAAUGGUGCGACCGAGGUGGCCUCAUGGACUUUCUAUGGCGCGUCCAGCGUUGGCAGCGACGACACCUUCCACAAACUCGGCAGCGUAUCGAAAGUUAGCUUCGAGAGCAGCAUGGCCGUCGCCGGAUAUUGGCGCUACACCUACGCCGAAGCGUACGACGUAUAUAGAAAUCUUCUCGGCACGUCGGAAGUGAAGGUAACCGUCCUUCCUGAGUAUGCCGAGAGUCAGUUUGAGCGAGACGACGACAGUGGGAUCCACGACUUCAGCGCAAGCCUUUCUGUGUCAGAAGGCGCGCUGACCUUGCAAGCGUCGAAGCCGGUGGCCGGCUUCUUUGCUUUUGUCGCGCUCGUCUGCAUUCUUUACACAGCCAUUUCGCUCUCCUUACGGGCUUGGAGGCGAUGGCGGCAGUGGGCUCGCCGCUAUCUGUACCAUGAACUGCAGGAUCAUGAAAAGACAUUGCGUGAGGAUGAGACCCACGCUCUCUACACAUACCCAGACGUCUGUCCUGAAAACGAUGAUGAGGAGAACGAUGGCGAAGUUUAA